UUUUCCAUGUUCCUCUUUUGGAGAUUUUGUUGGAGAAGUUGUCUGGAAAGUAUCCUGAGUGAUUUGGAUUAACUUCAUCACCCAGCAGGACGACAACACUUGUUAUUUUUUAACCACAAGAAGCUUUCGUAAAGCAACGACUUGUAUGCAGCAUUUACAAAACAUUAUUAAUGCGCGCUAAAUGCGCACAUGGACACGUGAAAUGUAUGAUUUGAAAACAGUUCCCCAACUGAAUUGUUUUUACGAAGACUGUAUGAACUUUACACAUUUCAAAGUGCUUUGUGCUAAUUUUGCUCCGUAGUGGAUUAUGGUGCCUUGGUGGCAGACGUUAAAAUGACGGCUUUUGGCGAGCAGUUGGUGCGCUCAGAAUGGCCCGAGAGGAUUCAGUGAAGUGUCUGCGUUGUCUGCUCUACGCUCUCAACUUUCUCUUCUGGCUUAUGGCCCUGUGUGUACUGGGAGUGGCCGCCUGCCUCAGGGAUCAUCUGAACAAUGUGCUCACCUUAACCGCUGACACCAGACUGGAGGAGGCAGCCAUUCUCACAUACUCCCCUGUUGUCCAUCCAAUCGUCAUCGCCGUGUGCUGUUUUCUAAUCAUCGUGGCCAUGGUGGGCUACUGCGGCACGCUCAAGUGCAAUCUGCUCCUACUGUCUUGGUAUUUUGGCAGCCUGAUGGUGAUUUUCUGCGUGGAGCUGGCCAGCGGCGUAUGGACGUACGAUGAGCCUAUGGUACAAAGGUCAGAUAUGAUAAGCCUAAAAUCACGUAUGCCUCAUUUUGGCCUGCAACGCUACCAGUGGCUCACACACGCGUGGAACUCCAUACAAACCGAGUUAAAGUGUUGUGGAGUGAUCUACUUUACUGAUUGGCUGGAGAUGACAGAGAUGGAGUGGCCACCUGACUCCUGUUGCUCCAAUCAGUAUCCAGGGUGUGCCCGCCACGCCCACUACAAUGACCUCAGCGACCUCCACCAGGAGGGCUGCGGUCCCAAGAUCUACAGUUUCAUCCGGGGCACCAAGCAGUUGCAAGUCUUAAGGUUUUUGGGCGUGUCUAUAGGAGUGGCUCAGAUUCUAGCCAUGACAUUGACUGUCACACUUCUGUGGGCUCUUUAUUACGAUCACAAACCACCAGAGGCGGCAUCCCCGGACCCCCAAACCCACAAUCCUAGAGAGGAGCAACCAAAGCCCAAUCACUCCCAUCCACGAGUGGCUGAGGCCUGGGCGAACACGCCCCCUAAUGGACACACCCAUAUUGAGAUGGAACAGCUCUCCUAGCAGCCAAUCAGAGCAGAGUACAUUGAGUACACUGUUAAGACAGUGAACAGAUCAGACAGCAAGGAAUUGGACCGAAAAACGGAUCUUAUGGAAUGCUUAGAAGUUCUGCGUGCUGGAUGACACGCUUGGUUGUGUUUGGGACGAAGCCAUGUUGCCAUUCGCUGCACAAACAACUAAGGGUUUUAUAGAAACCAAUGGCUGUGUCCGAAAUCUAAAAUAGCUGGCUUGUUGACAUGACAGUCAAUGACUUAAAGACACUGUUUACGGCUUAAAGGGAAUGCCACAUGUUUUCAUCAAUGUGUAUUUUCAGUCGAAAUGAAACCACAAAUUGAGGGAAAAAAAAGAACAUUAUAAAUGUACUCACACAUGCCAACUGAUCAUUCAGAUGACAUUUUAUUUUGACCGCCAGGGAUCACAUUGCAUGCUCAUCUUCAUGCACAGAAUUGUGGGAUAUAACAGACUAUUUAAGGGGUUCUUUGUUUCAGUGCAUAAAUGGAUGACGAAGAUUUACUGAGUUUCUUCCUAAUAAAGUCAUCGCUUCCAUUUCUCCAUGGACCCAAAUCUCAGGAGAUGGUUUGUCAAAUGAACUAUGAGGGCAAAGUAAAAAAUGAUUGCUGAAAGAAUCACAUGUAGCAACAAUCGGCUUGUUCACACACAAACUUGAGUUUUUCUGACGGAAUGCAUUUCAUGGGCAGUUUUGAUCUUGAAGAUGCUGGGAAACAUUUGUGGAGAUUUUCACAUAGUAAUUUAACGGCGUGAUCGUUUCAGACCCCUGCGUUAGCGUGUGUUUUAGGUCUCAAAGGAGCAUUUCUUUUCUGUGGAGUAUUAGACUGCACAUACUCUGUAAUGUAGUGUGUGUGUUUUUUAAAUCGCUGCUAGGAUAAGUUUAGUUUUAGUAUCUAAAGUUAUAUAAAAGUUGAAGAUGAAGACACAUCUGAUAAAACUCUCUAUACUAUGGCUGGGUAGCUCAGUUCACAGAAAAAAACAUAUUGAUCCAAAAUACACAACUGUAUAUUUAACAUUUAAUAAGUGAUGAUGUGUUGAAUUUUCACAUUCAAAAGUGAAUUCAGUGUUUAAAUUGCCGUUUAAAAGUUUACUGCGUAAAUGUCAUAUUUCUUGGAACGGGAUGUUUUUCUAUUUUUCGGUGUAAUAUAUUUUUAAGCCAUUAAAUUGAACUUCUGUCAUCACCCAUGUCAUUUC